GACCCGAAGAUUUGAACACGCACUACCGCCUGACAAUAUGAAUGUAGUGGGUCUUUGCAGGCAGCCAUUUUAACGCGUUAUUUCCGGUGCCUUUCAUCUCAGUUUAAGAAAAUUAACAUACAAUUCAUCUUUUUUUUGAUUUUGAAAAUUCCCAAAUAUGGGGAAACAAAAUUAAAUGUUAGAACCCUAUUGAUUUAACCUGUACAAAUUUCAAUUACAUGGUCAAAUCUUUCUGUUUCCUCAAGUUUGCUUUUACCUUUUCAAUUGUUAGAUCUAGUCAAUUUUUAAAUUUCAAUUUCCAGAAUUUUUAAGCUCUUAAUUUCAAAUUUUAAUUUAUACCAACAACAAUAAGUUACACUUGUAGAAAAAAUCACAUUUAUCUUCAUAAAACGCAUGCACUUUGAUCAUUCAAUCAAAUUCAAUUGAGUUUUUUUCUUCUGUAGAUUUUGUUCAUCCAUUUGAGGAGAAGAAAAUUCUGCAUUUAUCCCACUCGGUAUGGCUCAAUGAUUAAAAUUUGGAUUUAGGCUUUGUGGGUCAGCUUCAAACCAAUCAAUUUGCCUCAAGUAGGCGUUUUUUGGGCAUUUAUGGUGAAGAAUUGAAUUGGGUUUCUAAAACAGGUGAAGUUUUGUUGCAAUUUCUUGAACAUUUCGAAAACCCUAUUAGGGUUUUUUGAUUUGUUGCUGUUGUAAUUGGGGAUUUUGAGGUUUUGGAUUUAUUAAUGAGAUGAAAAGGAUAUUUUGCGUUUGGAAUGGUGAAGCUACUAAAGAUGCAAAUAAAAGAUGUGGGGAUUUCAAUGGUGUUUGUUCUUUUGUUUUGCUCUUUCUUGGGAAUGACCCUGGAAGAUAGAAAGGUGAUUCAAGGAAUACUCUCUGGUUUGGACCUCAAUUCUGCUUCUGAAGAUUUAAAUGAGAAAUUGGUCGAGGUAUUAGCGAGCAGUUGCAGCCUUGAGUUGAUACAUUUGAAACAAACUUAUAAGGAUAUAGGUUUUUGCAACCCAGAUGCUUCUGGCAAAAGAACUGAAAAAUGCUCCAUCGAUCAGACAGUAACAGAGGAGGAUGUUUGGAGAGUUCUCGGCAUUCUGGAUUCACAAAAAAUGAAAAGCAUUAUUAAUUGCUUCCGAGAGAACUAUAUAAUCACCCCAAUCUCGGGUGAAGAUGCUAAUCCUGUUAGUUGGUUUCGUAAACAUCUGGAUUACUCGUUCUUAAAGCUGAACCCCACUGCUGAUUCAAGAAGGCUUCUCGCUCAAGCUCCUGCUGGUCCCCCUUCACCUCAGUCCGCUGGCGGUAAAAGCUCCGGUAAGCGCAAGGCUCCGCCUCCAGUGGACAAGUUUUUCAUUCCGAUUCCUGUUCUACCCACAAAGAACGGAGGUGGAGAUUCGGAGCCAGUCACCACAACAGGAAAUGGCAGUAAAAACAACAACCAUACUACAAUCGUUGUUGCCGUAGUUGUUACCGCACUUGUAACAUUUGUUGCAGCUUUAUGUCUGUUCUUAUGCUGCCGCAAAGCUUUUGGCGGAGGUUCAAAUUUAGAACAUAAGGAUGAUAGGCCCCUUCUAAGUCUAAGCUUGAGCGAGGCUAGUGGUUCUUCAUCAAAAAGUUGGGCCUAUGAAAAUUCUGUUCACAAAGACAAGAUGGGAAAUCAAGUAUAUAUGAAUAAUGUGAAUAGCGAGACUGGUGCUAUGGCUUCGAAUGUUAAGUUAUCGAUGGAAUCUUCUGACUAUAUGAUGGCAAGUGCGGCAGCCAUUAAUGCUUCCAAUGUGUCUAGCAAUAGUAACACAUCUCCAGCGUUGAAGCCGCCUCCUGGAAGAACUGGUUUGCCUGCCCCUGGACUACCUCCUUUGAAGCCUCCUCCUGGGAGAGCCGAACCUUUGCCCCCUGAACGUCCUGCUUCCUUGAGGCCAUUCUCCGACCCUGAAAGCCGCCCUCCUCCUCCACCAAAGCCCCCAGCAACAGCCCCUCCUCCUCCACCUAAACCUCCAGCACCAGCUCCUCCUCCACCUCCUCCUGGGCCUCCACCACCAGUAGGCCGAAAAGGUACGCCUGGUCCUGGGGCUCCACCACUACCUACACCAUCUCGACCCCCUCCAAUUGCAGUCAAAGGUAGGUCUAAAGAAGAUGAGAAGGCGAAAUUGAAACCAUUCCACUGGGACAAGGUUCAAGCCAAUGCCGAACAUUCAAUGGUUUGGGACCAACUUAAAUCCGGGUCUUUCCAGUUCAAUGAAGAGAUGAUACAAUCUUUAUUUGGUUAUGCCGCUACUGAGAACAAAAACGACAAAAAGAAUCAUUCUUCCUCUCGUGAUUCACAAUCACAAUUCAUUCAACUUAUAGACCAGAAGAAGGCUCAAAAUUUAUCUAUCCUCUUGCGGGCAUUAAACGUGACUACAGAUGAAGUCCGCGAUGCUCUGUUGGAAGGAAAUGAGCUUCCUUCGGAACUCCUUGAGACUUUGUUAAAAAUGGCUCCAACCCCAGAAGAAGAACUAAAACUGAGACUUUACAAUGGUGAAAUAUCUCAACUUGGACCAGCUGAGCGAUUUUUGAAGGCUUUAGUUGACGUCCCGUUUGCCUUCAGACGACUCAAGACAUUGCUUUUUAUGGGUACUCUUCAGGAAGAAGCUACAUCGGUGAAGGAAUCGUUUAUAAUUCUCGAGGCUGCUUGUAAGGAGCUCCGAAACAGCCGCCUUUUUCUGAAACUUCUAGAAGCUGUUCUUAAGACGGGCAAUCGUAUGAAUGAUGGAACGUAUCGUGGUGGUGCACAAGCAUUUAAGCUGGAUACACUGCUGAAAUUGGCCGAUGUAAAAGGGACAGAUGGCAAGACCACACUUCUGCAUUUUGUCGUUCAAGAAAUAAUCCGCUCAGAAGGUGUGAGGGCGGCCCGUGCUAUGCGAGAGAGCAAAAGCUUUUCUAGCAUCAAAUCAGAUGAUCUUUCGGAAGAUGUUCAGGAAGAUUCCGAAGAACACUAUCGCUCUCUUGGUCUGCAGGUUGUUUCGGGAUUAAGCGACCAGCUAGAAAAUGUUAAGAAAGCUGCGUGUUUGGAUUCGGAUACUUUGGUGGGAACCCUUGCUAGGCUCGGAAACGCUUUGCUUAUAUCAAAGAAUUUCCUCAAAGAAAUAAAAGAACUCGACGAAGUCAGCGGGUUCCAUGAAGCCCUUAAUUGCUUUAUAGAGCAUACCGAGGGCGAUGUCACACAGCUAUUAGAGGAAGAAAAGAAGAUUAUGGCACUUGUGAAGAGUACAGCGGAUUACUUCCAUGGACAAUCGGGAAAGGAAGAAGGAUUGCGCUUGUUUGUCAUUGUUCGGGAUUUUAUAAUUAUGUUGGAAAAGGCUUGUCGAGAAGUGAAAGAACGGCCGAGGUGGCCUACCAGAAAUCAGAAAACUAGAGAGCCUCCUUCGAGGCAAACGUCUACUGAAACGCCUCAAACGCCAUUUUCUCCCGACUUUCGCCAAAAACUUUUCCCAGCUAUCGCAGAAAGGCGAACGGAAACCGGUUUCAGCUCAGAUGAUGAUUGAGGUCGUGCUCUCUCUUCGUGUAAUAUGCCAAUAGUAAGGCAUAUUUCAUUGCUGCCCGGGAUCAGAUUAUCGAGGGGUUUAUUUGAAAUCUCAUUUCCGAGAAGAUCAAGAAUCUUUCAUGUACGUCAUUUUUGAAGCGCGAUUUCAGGAGUUCAUUGGUGUCUUUAUUGUGCUGAAUGCUCACUGAUCCCCUUAUGUAGAAAUACAUCUUCAAGUCAAUAAUUCAUAAUUAAUACAAUACUUUCUCACCCUGUAAUUUAAUUUAUUUAGUUAAAUUUUUUUGGGUAGUUUUAUUUUCUUAGAGUUUUAAUUGCUUAGUGUACAAAAAUUUUGAAAUCUAAUUUUCACAUUAUGAACUGAUUAAUAGAAGUUUUUCAAUCCUGUAGAACAUUGUUCGCAACAUUGAAUCUCAAAUAGAAACAAA